AUGGAGGGCUUGGUGACCCCCAGACUGUGUCUUGUGGGAACGCUGAACCCCACCAGCCUGGCACUUGGCCCACACCGCACAGACACCUGUAUCUGGCCUCAGCAUUCUGGGGGGAAAUAUCUCCCAGCGACCGGCAACUCAGAUAUUACCCGGCAAACAAGAUUCAGCGCGUGGACACCGGUGGUUAAUAGGACUGCCAACCAGCAGCUGUUUGAGGAGAGAAUGACCCUCGUGGGUCACUGGUUUGACCUCUGGACGGACAAGCAGAGACGGCGAUUCCUACAGACCAUCCUUCAUCACUGCAGCAAGUCACAGCUCCAGUUUGCCCGUGCCCGGUUGGCAGAGACAGUGCCGGUGCUGGCGGGGGAUUUCACUGCUGUGUUGCCACGUUGCCUGUCGCUGCGGGUGCUGUGGUGGCUGAGUCCCCGGGAGCUGAGCACUGCGGCCAGGGUCAGCUGGCACUGGAGGAGCCUGACCGAGCAGGACAGCCUGUGGAAGCCUAAGUGUGUGUUGCGAGGCUGGUUCCUGCCCUAUGAUCCCCCAGAGAGUGAGCAGGGGGCGUGGAAGAGACAUUACGUGGCGUGUGUCUGUGGCCUGGAUUACGUGCCUCGUGAGGAGGCGGCUGAGCUGUACGGGGCCCUAACUAAGUCUUGGCUGCCCCCCCCGAGACAAUGCUCUCAAUGGCAAGCUCUGCGGCUUCAGCUGGUGAAACACCAUUGGCCACCUGGUCUGCUCCGUGCCAAAGAUCAGACCACAGACACCAUGACCAGCCUGGCCCAGAGCCGCGAGAGCACAUCAACACUCACACCAAAGGGGAAAGACCUCUCUGAUGUGACCCUCUCCCAGCUGCUCUCCAUCCAGGAUCAAUCUUCACCCCCCGUAAACCCUCAACUGACUCCCCUGAAAGCUCUGCUUACCAGAAAGAACCUGUGUGGGGGGAGCCCUUACCAUCUGCCCCCCCACACCGUCACCACGGCAACACUGCUCAGCUCCCCACAUCCCCGUCUGGUCCUGAUAUCAUCCCGGAUACCAGCCUGGGAGACAGUGCUGGAGUGUGUGAGACCAGGUGUGGUACCUGUGGUGUAUGAGGACAGCUGUACGCUGACGGCUGUGCUGCUGUGUUUGGAGCGAGCCCUGCAGGGCCACACUGCCCAGACCAUCGCCAUCCUCACCGAGGGAGACCCCACCCAGCUCUGCCUGCUCCGAGGUUGCAAAGUCAGUGCAAGGAACCUUCCAGAGCCAGAGAUCCGGGAAUUCUGGGAGAAGCUGGGUGGCUGUGUGGAGGCUGGAGGCCGUGUUGACAUCUUUGUUCCUCUGGCGGCCUCAGAGGCCGGGAUGGAGCUUCUGUCCGCACUGUCCUCUUUGACCGGCCUGGUGCAGAACGCGCCUACAGGGACAGCAACCGGCUCUUACCAGCACAUCCUGAGCGAGUGGCUGUGUCCGGGGGAGGGGAGCUCUCCCGGGCGCCUCUACUUCCUGGAGCCGGAGCUGGAGGUGUGGAGUCGGGCGGCACAGACGCUGGAGGAGGUGCUGAGAGAUGUCCGUGUCCUCGCUGCCCCCUACCUCAACCAAAUCCGCAGAGAACUGCGGCCACGCCUGGCCGGUGUCGCUGUGGUCCCCACAGGGCGGCUGGUGAUGGAGGCAUUGAGUCUGGAUGAGGACCCGAAGUUUGUCGGAGCUGCAGACAUGAGGUUUCCCUCUCUGUGUGGACAGGAGGGAUGGGCUGGUGGGGAGGCACUGGACAGAAGGACACAGAUUGCCCGGGAGAUCGUGGCCAGCGAGAGGGUGUAUGUCAGGACGAUGGCAAUGGUGAAGGACGUGUACUGGGAGCCGCUACAGGCUGCGCUGGGCAGUAACAGAGCCAUCCUGAGCCCCACCAACAUCCACACCAUCUUCUCAGACACUCUCACUAUCCUGACCCUCAACAGACAGUUUCUGGCUGACGUAAGUGCUCGGCUUGUGGAGUGGGGGCCGGCACAGGGUCUGGGUGACGUGUUUGUGAGGUUCUGCUCUGGCCUGAAAACCUACAGCAAUUUCUUCAACAAUUACAGCCUGGUGCUGAAAACUGUGGAUAAGUGUCGCGAUGUAUUUCCCAACUUCCGGGCCUUCCUGGGACGUCGGGAUGGGAGUGCGGUGACAGGGACUCUGAGUAUGGGCGGGCUGGGCUUUGCGGGGCUGGGCUGUGGGGGGCUGGGCUGUGGGGGGGAUGACUAUCCUGUGCUCCUCAGGCUACAGGACCUGUUGCUGUGCCCCGGGGUGAGGUUGGGGGAAUACCUGACACUGCUGUACGGGCUGCGACUCCACACCCCACCCGAGCACCCUGACCGGCCCCUCCUCACAGCCACCAUCACCUCCCUGAGGGCAGCCAGGGACCACCUGCUCCAGAUGAAGACACAGAGUGAACGAGCGGUGCAGCUGUUGGAAGCUCAGAGAUCGAUAGCCGGGGCUCCUAUCCUGUUGGAGCCCGGCCGGUCUCUGCUCCUCGUUCAGGAAGUGUCUCAGUUGAGCAGCCCUGACAACUCCAUCUGUGCUCCUCUCAGGAUAUACCAGCAGGUGAGGGACCUCAGCCUGUUCCUCCUCACUGAUGCUCUGGUGAUCUCGCUGCGGACACACUCACAUCUGCCGUUCAAGCGUCGCUCUGUCACCACCCUCCACUUCUCCGCCUCCGUGGCCCUACACAGCCUCCGGCCACAGGACAUCCCCGACUCCAAGUAUGUAAAAAAUGCGUUCGUCCUCAGAGGCCAAAAGCGGACGUGGAUCUGUGCCACAGAGACAGAGCAGGAGAAAAUCACGUGGCUCUUAGCAUUGGACUCCACCAUUCACGCUGCGCUGGAGCGCUGAUCUCAGUUAUCUCUCAGUCAAAGAUUCGUAGAAAUAUACAGCACAGAAGGAGGCCAUUCGGCCCAUCAUAGGC